AUGAAGAAGGAUUUGCGCCCUGACUCCGCUAAGAUCAAGACCGACUCGGCGAGUAACAACUACGUCGGCUUCGCCAACUUGCCGAACCAGCUUUAUCGUAAAGCUGUCAAAGAUGGCUUCGAGUUCACGCUGAUGGUCGUUGGCGAAUCUGGACUCGGGAAGUCGACUUUGACAAAUUCGCUCUUUCUCACGGACAUUUACGGCGCCGAGUACCCUGGUCCAUCGCAGCGAAUCAAGAAGACCUCAAAGGUGGAGCAAACACGAAUCACCGUCAAAGAAAGUGGAGUACAACUCAACUUGAGCGUGGUAGACACUCCCGGCUUCGGCGACGAAGUCAACAACGACAAAUGCUGGGAUCCGAUCAUUGAGUUCAUCGAGUCCCAGUUCGAGCUUUAUCUGAACGCGGAAAGUCGAGUUGAGCGGCCGUGCAAGAUCCAGGACACACGAGUCCACUGCUGUCUCUACUUCAUUGCGCCCAGCGGCCACGGGUUGAAACCCCUCGACAUUGAAUUUAUGCGACGCCUUCAUGACAAGGUUAACAUCAUCCCUCUUAUCGCCAAGGCAGACACUUUGACUCCUGACGAGUGCCACGAGUUCAAACGCGAAAUCCUCCGUGAAAUAGAGCUGCACAAGAUCAACAUCUACAAGUUCCCAGACGGAGCAGACGACGAAGAAGCCCGAGCGAACAAGAGAAUCCGUGAACGGAUCCCAUUCGCCAUCAUUGGCUCUAAUCACGUUCUCCAACUGAAUGACAGACGCGUGCGAGCGAGACAGUAUCCCUGGGGCAUUUGUGAGAUCGAGAACGAAGAGCACUGCGACUUCAAGGUCCUUCGUGAUAUGCUCAUUCGAACACACAUGCAGGAUCUUGUCGACCUAACGGCGAUGGUGCAUUACGAGAACUUCCGCGCCACGAAGCUCUCUCAACUGAUGUCCGGUAACGCAAAGAGCACUACCUCGCCCCUGCACCAGCUGGACGUGGAACGGCGAGAACACAAGAACAAAAUGAAGCGAAUGGAAGCCGAGAUGGAGCAAGUUUUCGAACUCAAGGUCAAGGAAAAAAUCAGCCGACUCAACGACUCUGAAAUAGAGCUUCAACGGCGCCACGAGCAACAGAAAAAGAAGCUGGAAGCGGAAUUCGCCGAGAUCGACUUGAGGCGGCGCGAUUUCGAAAAAGAAAAAGCUGAGUUCGAGUACGUCUACCGCGAAUUCCAGGACAAGAUCCAGACGAGCGACAAAAAGAAAAAGAAAAACGCCUCGCUCUUCUAA